GCCGGGGCGGGGCCAGGCGGCGGCGCCCGGAGUCCGGCGGAUCCCGCGCCCCGCGCCCGCCGCGCCGCUGCCAUGGGGGCCUGCCUGGGAGCCUGCUCCCUGCUCAGCUGCGCCUCCUGCCUCUGCGGCUCGGCCCCCUGCAUCCUGUGCAGCUGCUGCCCCUCCAGCCUCAACUCCACCGUGAGCCGCCUCAUCUUCACGGUCUUCCUCUUUCUGGGGGUGCUGGUGUCCAUCAUCAUGCUGAGCCCCGGCGUGGAGAGUCAGCUUUACAAGCUGCCCUGGGUGUGUGAGGAGGGGUCCGGGACCCCCGUCGUCCUGCAGGGCCACAUCGACUGCGGCUCUCUGCUCGGCCACCGCGCCGUCUACCGCAUGUGCUUCGCCACGGCGGCCUUCUUCUUCCUCUUCAUGCUGCUCAUGAUCUGCGUGCGCAGCAGCCGGGACCCCCGGGCUGCAGUCCAGAACGGGUUUUGGUUCUUUAAAUUCCUGGUCCUUGUGGGCAUCACAGUGGGUGCCUUCUACAUCCCCGAUGGCUCCUUCUCCCACAUCUGGUUCUACUUUGGCGUCGUGGGCUCCUUCCUCUUCAUCCUGAUCCAGCUGGUGCUGCUCGUCGACUUUGCGCACUCCUGGAACCAGCGGUGGCUGGGCAAGGCCGAGGAGUGCGACUCCCGGGCCUGGUACGCAGGCCUCUUCUUCUUCACCCUCCUCUUCUACGCACUGUCCAUCGCGGCCGUGACGCUGCUGUUCAUCUACUACACCCGGCCCGGUGCCUGCCACGAGGGCAAGGUCUUCAUCAGUCUCAACCUCACCCUCUGUGUCUGCGUCUCCAUCGUUGCCGUCCUGCCCAAGGUCCAGGAAGCCCAGCCCAACUCGGGUCUACUGCAGGCCUCAGUGGUCACGCUCUACACCAUGUUUGUCACCUGGUCAUCCCUGUCCAAUGUUCCAGACCAGGACUGCAACCCCCACCUGCUGACCCACCUGGGCAAUGAGACAGUCCUGGCAGGCCCUGAGGGCUACGUGACCCAGUGGUGGGAUGCGCCGAGCAUCGUGGGGCUUGUCAUCUUCAUCCUGUGCACCCUUUUCAUCAGCCUGCGCUCCUCGGACCACCGGCAGGUGAACAACCUGAUGCAGACGGAGGAGCGCCUGCCCACCCUGGAGGCCGCACAGCAGCAGCAGGUGGCAGCCUGCGAGGGCCGAGCUUUCGACAAUGAGCAGGACGGUGUCACCUACAGCUACUCCUUCUUCCACUUCUGCCUGGUGCUGGCCUCCCUGCACAUCAUGAUGACACUCACCAACUGGUACAGACCUGGCGAGGCCCGGAAGAUGAUCAGCACGUGGACAGCCGUGUGGGUGAAGAUCUGUGCCAGCUGGGCAGGGCUGCUCCUCUACCUCUGGACCCUCAUAGCCCCCCUCCUCCUGCCCAACCGCGACUUCAGCUGAGAUGGCCCCUGAGCCUGCUCACCUGCACCUCGGGGCUCAGUGACUGCCAGGCGGCCCCGACGCCCCUCGGCCAGGCCGACCCUGCCCCUGCCCCCUCCUCGCGGGCUUGGCCCUGAGCUGGGCCCCUCUGUUCUUAGUGCCUUCGGGAUUGAAGAGGAUCAGGCUCACGCCUGAGCUCGCCUUCCACAGCCUCACACCCACGGAGCCUCUGCCUUCUCCUUGCCCUGUUGGGAUAAAAGGGCCCCUUGUCCUUGUGCUCAGGCUCCCCAGGAGAGGCGGUUAAAGAGAGGCCCCUCCACCCAGAGCGUGCAGAGCAUUUGCCAUGAUGGGGUGCCCAGCACUGAGGCAUGGGCAUUCCCACCCUCGCCCAGGGCACCCGCCCCCUUCCUGGACCGUGCCUUACCGAGUCUCCAAGACUUUACUCAAUAAACAAGCCAGUGCGUGUGC